AUGGACCACGAUGAUGCACAUCGACCGGGGUCUCCACGUAGCGUGAUUGACCCUGGGCCGGAAGACAAGAGUCUUUUGACUUUACAGGAUAAGCUUGUGUCGACACAUGUGUGGAAUACAUGUGAGAAUCCAAAUGCUAAGGAUUGUGUGCUGAAUGUGCGACAUGCUGCGACACAUAAUCACGAUGACAUCCCGGAGGACAUUAGGCCAUGGCUUAUGCAGGCAGGGUUCUACCAUGUUGCGCGCUUGCGCAAUCAUGAGAUCGACCAUCACCUUGUGUCAGCGCUUGUGGAGCGAUGGCGCCCUGAGACACGGACAUUCCAUAUGACUAUGGGUGAGGUCACCAUCACCCUAGAGGAUGUUCAUCAUCUACUAGGAUUACCCACAGAGGGCGAGGUUGUGUCGGGACGCCAUGGACGUGGUAUGCCUGUGGUGGAGCCCAACCAACAUCAACAUUGUUCACUGCAGACAAAAUGCCCGGAUGACGAUCAGAAAUUAGACAAAUUCCAUUUUUCUGCGUGA